AUGCACUGGGCCGAAAUCCGCCCAAAAGGAAGUGGGAAACCUCCACCUCUUCGAGCGCACACCACGACUGUCGUAGGCUCCAAGCUGUACGUGUUUGGAGGGUGCGAUGCGGAUACUUGCUAUGCAGAUCUCCACAUUUUGGACACGGAAACUCUUUGGUGGACGAAGAUGAGGACUCAGGGCAGCAUACCCGCGCCAUGCAGAGCACAUUCUGCCUCAUUAGUUCAAAAUCGGUUCUUGGUCGUUUUCGCGGGCGGAGACGGUCCGAACUAUUUCAAUACCCUGCACUAUCUCGAUACCGUCACUCUGGUGUGGUAUGCCCCUCAGACCACCGGACCUGUCCCUUCUCCGCGCCGUGCACAUUCAGCGUUUGUGUACGGUUCAGACGUGUACAUCUACGCCGGCGGAGACGGCAUCCGAGCCUUGGCCGAUCUGUACAAGCUGAACACGUCGAUAUUGACUGUCGGCCCGGCUCCCGUACUGACAUGGACCCAGCUGACAACAUCAGGCACACAACCGGAAAGUCGCGGAUACCAUACCACGAACCUUAUUCGAAAUACCCCGCAUCUCGUCCUGUACGGCGGUUCAGACGGGCAUGAAUGCUUCUCCUCCAUCCACAUGCUCAACUUGCAGACCCUCACGUGGUCAACGCCGACCUUGGCAGCAUCUCCACCACGACUAUCGCAUACUGCGACCCAGAUCGGAUCUUACUUGUUCGUGCUCGGCGGCCACGAUGGAUCGCAUUACAACAACACCAUCCUCCUACUCAACCUGGUGACCAUGAGCUGGGAAACGCGUUCUGUCUGCGGGAAGGACAGACCAGCAGGGAGAGGCUACCACACCGCCGUCCUCUGUGACUCUCGAUUGUGGGUGAUUGGCGGAUAUGACGGCGGCAAUGUGUUUGGGGACUGCUGGGUGCUGGAGUUGGGUGCAAGCGCGUACCUUCCGCAGAUCACAACGUUCCAAGUAGCGGGCGAUGCUGCACCUGCAACAAACGCCGACGGCUGA